AUGGAAGAUUACGAGCGAAACUCAAACUCUCCAACUCAUGAAGAAGAUUCUGAUGUACGGAAAGGUCCAUGGACUGAGGAAGAAGAUGCUAUUCUUGUCAACUUUGUCUCCAUCCACGGUGAUGCUCGCUGGAACCACAUCGCUCGUUCCUCAGGGCUUAAGAGAACUGGUAAGAGUUGCAGAUUAAGAUGGCUUAACUACUUGCGUCCAGAUGUUAGACGAGGCAAUAUCACUCUCGAAGAACAGUUUAUGAUCCUCAAACUCCAUUCUCUCUGGGGCAAUAGGUGGUCUAAGAUUGCACAAUAUUUACCAGGAAGAACAGAUAAUGAGAUAAAGAAUUAUUGGAGAACUCGGGUGCAGAAACAAGCUAAACACCUUAGAUGCGAUGUUAAUAGCAAUCUUUUCAAGGAGACAAUGAGAAAUGUUUGGAUGCCGAGAUUAGUGGAGAGAAUCAACGCCCAAUCAUCACCCGCCACGUGUGAGCCAGUAGAGUCAAUGAUCACCACCGACCCAGGUCAACAACCUAUUGACGAACCAAAUCCGGUCGAACCGGGUUUAUUUCAAUUUAACCUGAAUCAUCAUCAUCAGCAGCAGCAUGAGUUCGUACCGGCAUCGGAAUUAUCCGCAACGUCAUCGAAUUCCCCGGCGGAGACGUUAUCGGACGUUCAAGGUGGGAUCGUGAACGGGUCGGGGUAUGACCCGGUGGGUCAAACGGGUUUCGGGGAGUUCAACGAUUGGGGCUGUGUUGGUGGGGACAACAUGUGGACCGAUAACGAGAGUUUUUGGUUCUUGCAGGACCACCAGUUCUGCCACGAAACGGCAUCGUAUCCGUAUAAUUAA